UUGACUUGUAGUUUAGUUGUGUGUUGUUGUAUAUGUGGUACAUAGUUGUAGUUAGUGUUUUAUUUGAUAAUGAGUGGAAUUUAAACACGAUUUAUGACUUUAGAAGAUUUCAGUUUGUAUAAGAAGCUGUUCUGUAGUUAAAUACAGAAAGUCAUAUCAGAUUACUGCUAAAAUAAACAAUGUAUGCUAAGGGUAAAGGAUCUACUGUCCCUUCUAAUGCACAGGCCCGUGAAAAACUGGCACUUUACGUUUACGAAUAUCUACUCCAUGUAGGGGCACAGAAGGCUGCACAAACUUUCCUCUCAGAAAUCAGAUGGGAGAAAAACAUAACAUUAGGUGAGCCUCCAGGAUUCCUACAUUCGUGGUGGUGUGUAUUUUGGGAUUUGUACUGUGCUGCCCCAGAAAGAAGAGACACAUGUGAACAUUCCAGUGAAGCUAAAGCUUUUCAUGAUUAUGGUUUUGUUAAUUCUGGAUAUGGUGUCAACGGAAUUGCUCACAAUACUGGACCUGCACCUAUUCCUCUCGGCCAGAUGCCUCCAAAUGACGGUAUACCUGGUGGGCCAAUACCACCUGGAUUUUUUCCUAACUCUACAAUGCGACCUUCUCCUCCUACUCAUCCUUCUUCUCAGCCUUCACCUCAUCCACAACCACCACCGCCUCACAGUGAAAUGAUGGCAACUCAGCCUUUUAUGGGUCCACGUUAUCCUGCUGGCCCUAGACCCGGUGUACGAAUGCCUCAACUUGGAAAUGAGUAUAAUGGCCCUCCAGGGCAACCUAUGAUGCCUAACAGUAUGGAUCCCAGCAGGCAAGGUCCUCCAGGAAUGAAUAGUAUGAAUCCAAGGAUGAACCCACCAAGAGGUCCCGGAAUGGCACCUAUGGGCCCAGGAAGUUACGGUCCUAGUUUAAGAGGACCACCUCCUAAUUCAACAAUGGGCCCUGGACCUGGACCUGGUGCCCCUAUGCAUCCUAUGUCAAUGACAGGACCCGGUGGGAGACCCCAGUGGCAGCCAAACACUUCAACACCUAUGAAUUAUUCAUCGUCAUCUCCUGGAAAUUAUGGUGGGCCUCCAGGUUCUACAGGACCUCCAGGUCCUGGAACACCAAUCAUGCAGAGCCCUCAAGACUCGUCCAACUCAGGAGGUGAGAAUAUGUACACAAUGAUGAAACCUGUCCCUGGUGGAAAUAUGCCAGGAGAUUUUUCGAUGGGGGCUGGAGGUGAAACGGGUCCGAUGGGACCAAUGGGUCCUAGUACUAUGGGACCUGUAAUGAGUGGUGAUGGUCUUGAUGGAAUGAAAAACUCUCCAGCAGGAGGCCCUGGAACUCCUCGAGAAGAUAGUGGUUCUGGAAUGGGUGAUUACAAUUUAGGCGGCUUUGGUGGACCUCCAGAAAAUGAUCAGACUGAAUCUGCGGCCAUCAUGAAGAUAAAAGAAAGUAUGCAAGAAGAAGCAAAAAGGUUUGAAAAAGAUUCUGAUCAUCCUGAUUAUUUUAUGCAAUAACGUAUUAAAUUAUGUUAUUAUUUAUAACUGAUAUUUGUUAAAAGUAUUUCAAAUAUAUUUAAUAUUAUUGUUCUCAAGAAAGUGUAUGCCACAUUUUUUAAGUGAUAGAAAUACAGUUCAGAAAUUCUUGUCAAAAUUGAUGACGUUUUCCUCAUUAGGUCAUAUAUUUUUAUGGUAAAAUUUACAAAUAGUUUCGAUUUUUCAUAUAUGCAUUUUACUUUCUUAAAGGUAAAGAAUUUGUAAUAAAUUUUUUAAAGAUUUUAAUUGUUAAUUCUAAGAAUUAAAAUUCAUUUGAAACAUAAAAGUGAAUCCUGUCUUGAAUUGGCCUUUUGGGGAAAGCCACUUGCCCUCGAAUUAUGCUGUUCUUUGUUUCUAUUUUCUGUAUUAUAUUUUUGAAUGCAUUAUGUAAUUUUCUCAUUUAGUAUUUAGUCAAUAUUUAUUCAUCAAUAUGAUGAAAGUUUAAGUGCAAUUCUCCCAUCCCUCUGCAGUAUUCAGUUUUAAGAAUAAUUUCCUCAGGUUAAUUAACGCUCAUUUCUAAAAUGCAAAAUAUAUGUAUAUUUAUAUACAUAAUAUAGGAUUAUGUAGGUGACGGUAAUUAACACAUAUUUUUUUAGGAAAUUCACAUAUUUAUUUGUAUGUAGAGUAUUAAUUAAGUAUGUUAGUUGUUUGCUUGGCACUGGUGGUAUUUUCAUUCCAGAUCUUGUUUAAAUGUUUUUAUAGUAAGUUGUGGUGUAAUUAAAAAUUUAUAUUUAAAUAUAUUUAUUCAAGUUGUGUAGUGCCCAAUAAAAUUUAAUCAAUUGCAAAGAUUUCUUAAGAUGUGUAACAGAUUUCAAUCAAGUACUCUAUUUAUUGCUCAGGGCUGUUAUUAUUUCAAUAUUUCCAAAAGAUAAUGAUUUUGUUUUGAUUCAUUUGCCUCAAUUAUCUCCUAAGUAACUAUUCCUGGAUUAAUAUAAUUUAGGAUUGUUGCAAUUUUUUUUCUUUUUAACACUAAAUAAGAGAGAGAAAAAAAAAAAAAAUCAUGAAACCAAAAUAAAUUACAAUUCCAAAAUCGCUAUACAAGAGCGCCACAUCCCGUCUUCGUUUGUAAAGCUCGUGGCCUUUCGAUUUGACCCCUAAACAUUAAUUUGUGGUAACACAUUUUCGAUAAAAUUAAUUUGCUCUCUAAUACUCAUAAAGAUGUUUAUCUAUAAUAAUUUGGGCUUAAUGAAUGCCCUGUGUUCGGUUAUUGUAUUUUACAAAGGUACAAUAUGAUUACUAUGAAAAAUAUUUUAUUCAGAGCAUAUUAAAGUUGCUUUAUUUAAAAAUUUCUGUAUUUUCAAAGUAUAAAUUCACUUCCACUGAUUAUGUUUAUUCUAAUUUUUAUUUUAAUGCUUUAUCGUGAGUUCAUUAAUUAAUGUAUUGAACUUGAAUCAUCAAAAUGUUAAUUAAUUAUGUACACAUAGCUUUAAUAUAGUAUCUUUUUUUUUCUUUUAAGAUUUUAAAUUGGACAUAAGGUCUUAAUCAUUAGUUGUUUACCCUCAUAUGGUUGUGGUAAUUAAUUUAGUUGUUCCAUUUUCUAUUAAAUCUGUUUAAAACUUAGGAUUUCACAUUCCUAAUGAACGAAGCAAAUAUAUUUGUUGACGUGUAAUUAUUUAUUAUAUGCAUGAUACAUGUUUCUUAUUGUGGAAUAGAUACGAUAGUAAUAAUAAUUAUACAUUCUUAUGAUAAAAUUUUAAACAUGUUUAAAAUGCAGACCGAUGCACCAAUCAUGUCUGCCUUGAAAACAACGAUACCAUGCCAUUGUCAUAUUGAUCUGUUUGACUUUCUGUGGAAACGUUAAUUUUUGUUUAAUUAUUUUGAUUCAUUAAAUGUAAAUCAUUUUCUAAAUUGAGGGUGAGCUAAUAAUAAUAUCAUCUAUAUCAUCUUAAAAUAAUUGUUCUUAAGAUUAGUCUGUCUAUAUUCAUUGCAUUUGUGUAUCACGCUUGAUUUUUCACUUAAACAUUUAUUUUGAUCUUAUAAAUUACUUCUUGCUAUAUUUGAGUUUUUAAACAGAAAAUGUUAGUGCACCUUCUAUUUUUAUAAAUUAAAUAAAUUGGUUUUAAAUCAGUUAAAUGUAAAAAUUAC